UGGAGAGCUGCCGCCGCGGUCGGCCAGCGACGCGGGCGACGCUUGAGCCCCAGAGGUAGUUUGGCGUCCGCCAAGCAGGAAAAAGUGUCGGCGGGUGGCUGCCGACUCCCCGCCCUCAGCCCGCGAGGUCCAGCCAGCACCGCUGUCGUGGGUUUCGCCGCGGUCCCCCCGGCCGCUCUUUGCAAAGCUGCUUGAAACUUCUCCCAAACUCGACAUGGAUACAGCGGCGGCGGCGCUGCCUGCUUUUGUGGCGCUCUUGCUCUUCUCCCCGUGGCCUCUCCUGGGGUCUGCCCAAGGCCAAUUCUCCGCAGGUGGUUGUACUUUUGAUGAUGGUCCGGGGGCCUGUGAUUACCACCAGGAUCUAUAUGAUGACUUUGAAUGGGUGCAUGUUAGUGCCCAAGAGCCUCAUUAUUUGCCUCCUGAGAUGCCUCAAGGUUCCUAUAUGAUAGUGGACUCUUCAGAUCAUGACCCAGGAGAAAAAGCCAGACUUCAGCUGCCUACAAUGAAGGAGAAUGACACACACUGCAUCGAUUUCAGUUACCUGUUAUAUAGCCAGAAAGGGCUGAAUCCUGGCACUUUGAACAUAUUAGUUAGGGUGAAUAAAGGACCUCUUGCCAAUCCAAUUUGGAAUGUGACUGGCUUCACGGGUAGAGAUUGGCUUCGGGCUGAGCUAGCAGUGAGCACCUUUUGGCCCAAUGAAUACCAGGUAAUAUUUGAAGCUGAAGUCUCAGGAGUGAGAAGCGGCUAUAUUGCCAUUGAUGACAUACAAGUCCUGAGUUAUCCUUGUGAUAAAUCUCCCCAUUUCCUUCGACUGGGAGAUGUAGAGGUCAAUGCAGGUCAGAAUGCUACAUUUCAGUGUAUCGCUACAGGGAGAGAUGCUGUGCAUAACAAGUUAUGGCUGCAGAGGCGGAAUGGAGAAGAUAUACCAGUAGCCCAGACUAAGAACAUCAAUCACAGAAGAUUUGCUGCUUCCUUUCGAUUGCAGGAAGUGACAAAAACUGACCAGGAUUUGUAUCGCUGUGUAACUCAGUCAGAACGAGGUUCCGGUGUGUCCAACUUUGCUCAACUUAUUGUGAGAGAACCACCAAGACCCAUUGCUCCUCCCCAGCUGCUUGGUGUUGGGCCUACAUAUUUGCUGAUUCAACUAAAUGCCAACUCCAUCAUUGGCGAUGGUCCCAUUAUCCUGAAAGAAGUGGAAUACCGAAUGACAUCAGGGUCCUGGACAGAAACCCACGCAGUCAACGCUCCAACUUAUAAAUUAUGGCAUUUAGAUCCAGAUACUGAAUACGAGAUCCGUGUUCUACUUACAAGACCUGGUGAAGGUGGAACAGGGCUUCCAGGACCUCCACUAAUUACCAGAACAAAAUGUGCAGAACCUAUGCGAACCCCAAAGACUUUAAAGAUUGCCGAGAUACAGGCAAGACGCAUUGCUGUGGACUGGGAAUCCUUGGGAUACAACAUUACUCGUUGCCACACUUUUAAUGUUACUAUCUGCUACCAUUACUUCCGUGGUCACAACGAGAGCAAGGCAGACUGCUUGGACAUGGAUCCCAAAGCCCCUCAGCAUGUUGUGAGCCAUCUGCCACCUUAUACAAACGUCAGCCUCAAGAUGAUCUUAACCAAUCCAGAAGGGAGGAAGGAGAGUGAAGAGACGAUUAUUCAAACUGAUGAAGAUGUGCCUGGCCCUGUACCAGUCAAAUCCCUUAAAGGAACAUCCUUUGAAAAUAAGAUCUUCUUGAACUGGAAGGAACCUUUGGAUCCAAAUGGAAUCAUCACUCAAUAUGAGGUCAGCUAUAGCAGCAUAAGGUCUUUUGAUCCUGCAGUUCCAGUGGCUGGACCACCCCAGACUGUAUCAAAUUUAUGGAACAGUACACACCAUGUCUUUAUGCAUCUUCACCCAGGGACCACCUACCAGUUUUUCAUAAGAGCUAGCACAGUCAAAGGCUUUGGACCAGCUACAGCCAUCAAUGUGACAACUAACAUCUCAGCUCCAACUUUACCUGACUACGAAGGAGUUGAUGCCUCUCUCAAUGAAACCGCCACCACGAUAACUGUGUUGUUGAGACCAGCACAGGCCAAAGGUGCACCUAUCAGUGCCUAUCAGAUUGUUGUGGAAGAACUGCACCCACACCGAACCAAGAGAGAAGCUGGGGCGAUGGAAUGCUACCAGGUUCCUGUCACAUACCAAAAUGCCAUGAGUGGGGGUGCACCAUACUACUUUGCUGCAGAGCUACCCCCAGGGAAUCUACCCGAACCUGCUCCAUUCACAGUAGGGGACAAUAGGACCUACCAGGGAUUUUGGAACCCACCUUUGGCCCCACGCAAAGGCUACAACAUCUAUUUCCAGGCAAUGAGCAGUGUGGAGAAGGAAACUAAAACCCAGUGUGUACGAAUUGCUACAAAAGCAGCAACAGAAGAACCUGAAGUGAUUCCAGAUCCAGCCAAGCAGACAGACAGAGUGGUGAAAAUAGCAGGAAUUAGUGCUGGAAUUUUAGUGUUCAUCGUUCUACUCCUGGUUGUCAUAUUAAUUGUGAAAAAGAGCAAACUUGCUAAAAAACGAAAAGAUGCUAUGGGGAACACCCGGCAGGAGAUGACUCACAUGGUGAGCGCAAUGGAUCGAAGUUAUGCUGAUCAGAGCACCCUGCACGCAGAAGAUCCUCUUUCCAUCACCUUCAUGGACCAACACAACUUUAGUCCAAGAUAUGAGAACCACAGUGCUACAGCAGAGUCCAGUCGUCUUCUAGAUGUGCCUCGCUACCUCUGUGAGGGGACAGAAUCCCCUUACCAGACAGGACAGCUGCACCCAGCCAUCAGGGUAGCCGACUUGCUGCAGCACAUUAAUCUCAUGAAGACAUCAGAUAGCUAUGGGUUCAAAGAGGAGUAUGAGAGCUUCUUUGAAGGACAGUCAGCAUCUUGGGAUGUAGCUAAAAAAGACCAAAAUAGAGCAAAAAACCGAUAUGGAAACAUUAUAGCAUAUGAUCACUCCAGAGUAAUUUUGCAACCUGUUGAGGAUGAUCCUUCUUCAGAUUACAUUAAUGCCAACUACAUAGAUGGCUAUCAGAGACCAAGCCACUAUAUUGCAACCCAAGGUCCGGUUCAUGAAACAGUAUAUGAUUUCUGGAGGAUGAUUUGGCAAGAACAGUCUGCCUGCAUUGUGAUGGUUACAAAUUUAGUUGAGGUUGGCCGGGUAAAGUGCUAUAAGUAUUGGCCUGAUGAUACUGAAGUUUAUGGUGACUUCAAAGUAACUUGUGUAGAAAUGGAACCACUUGCUGAAUAUGUAGUUAGGACAUUCACCCUGGAAAGGAGGGGAUAUAAUGAAAUCCGUGAGGUUAAACAGUUCCAUUUCACUGGAUGGCCUGAUCAUGGAGUUCCAUACCAUGCUACAGGACUUCUUUCCUUUAUCCGGCGAGUCAAGCUGUCCAACCCUCCCAGUGCUGGCCCCAUCGUUGUGCAUUGCAGUGCUGGUGCUGGACGGACUGGCUGUUAUAUUGUGAUUGACAUUAUGCUGGACAUGGCUGAAAGGGAGGGUGUUGUUGACAUCUACAACUGUGUCAAAGCCUUAAGAUCUCGUCGUAUCAAUAUGGUCCAGACAGAGGAACAGUACAUUUUUAUUCAUGAUGCCAUUUUAGAAGCCUGCUUAUGUGGAGAAACUGCCAUACCUGUCUGUGAAUUUAAAGCUGCAUAUUUUGAUAUGAUUAGAAUAGACUCUCAGACCAACUCUUCACAUCUCAAAGAUGAAUUUCAGACCUUGAAUUCAGUCACCCCUCGACUACAAGCUGAAGACUGCAGUAUAGCAUGCCUGCCAAGGAACCAUGACAAGAAUCGUUUCAUGGACAUGCUGCCACCUGACAGAUGUCUGCCUUUUUUAAUUACAAUUGAUGGGGAGAGCAGUAACUACAUCAAUGCUGCUCUUAUGGACAGCUACAGGCAGCCAGCUGCUUUCAUCGUCACACAAUACCCUCUGCCAAAUACUGUGAAAGACUUCUGGAGAUUAGUGUAUGAUUAUGGCUGUACGUCCAUUGUGAUGUUAAAUGAAGUCGACUUGUCCCAGGGCUGCCCUCAGUAUUGGCCUGAAGAAGGGACGCUGCGAUAUGGCCCUAUCCAAGUGGAAUGUAUGUCUUGUUCAAUGGAUUGUGAUGUGAUCAACCGGAUUUUUAGGAUAUGCAACCUAACAAGACCACAGGAAGGUUAUCUGAUGGUACAGCAGUUUCAGUACUUAGGGUGGGCUUCUCAUCGGGAAGUGCCUGGCUCUAAACGGUCAUUCUUGAAACUGAUACUCCAGGUGGAAAAAUGGCAGGAGGAAUGCGAGGAAGGGGAAGGCCGGACGAUCAUCCACUGCCUAAAUGGUGGUGGGCGAAGUGGCAUGUUCUGUGCUAUAGGCAUUGUUGUUGAAAUGGUAAAACGGCAAAAUGUUGUUGAUGUUUUCCAUGCAGUAAAGACACUAAGGAAUAGCAAGCCAAACAUGGUGGAAGCCCCGGAGCAGUACCGUUUCUGCUAUGAUGUAGCUUUGGAGUACCUGGAAUCGUCUUAGUUGGGUGAGACUUUUAAAAGUACAUCCAAACAGAAGCCUGUCCGUCUGUUGAGCCAGCAAUUGUUGUACCUAUUACACCUGUGCAGAAAGAUUUUAAUGUGGGGGGUGGGGGACUUUUACAUUCAAGAAGUAAAAGUAUUUUUCUUAUGAAGUUGUGUAUCUUAAUAAAAAGGACUGAAUUAGUUUCUAUUACUGUGUUACAGCAUCAACAUUUCGUGCCACGUAAGUUAUAUUUAAUAAGAACCAGAUUGAAAAAACCUGGUCAAAUGAGAACUUAGCUGUGUUUGUAUAGUGAAUAUGCAGCCUUUUCUCUCCUGGUUUCAGUAGAGCAACCACCACUUGUUGCAUGAAUUAAUACUUCCUAUGUGACAUUUUUCUCCCU